CCGUGUAGAGAGCAGAAGUGAAAUGAUGCACAGCAACACGCUCACUGAACUGCAUAGCCUCGCAUGGACUGCAGAUUCUUACGUCCAUAACAGCUUACCAAGAACAAGUACAUCACAUAGGAAGCCAACAUCAUUCUAACAUGGCGAAGACGCUUGACGAGAGGAGUCUUUUCAACAACCCGGCGUAUUCGGACAUCACGAUCAAGUUUGGCUCGCGAGAAAGAAAGUGUCACAAACUCAUCCUGUGCCUCAAAUCCACCUACUUUGAUGAGCUCUGCGGCCGGGGCAAGGCAUUCGCGGAAGCUCAAACCGGAACGAGCGCCAUCGAGCUGCAUGAUGAUGACGAAGACGCAGUCGACGCGAUGCUGCGCUGGCUUUACACGUCGAAGUACGACGUAGCCAGCAGUGAGACUGCCCAGGUAUCGCCUAUGUUCCACCUUGCUCUCUACACGGUUGCCGACAAAUAUCUCCUAGACGAUCUGCGUGAUGAGGCAUACGACCCGGUUUGUGGCGCUCUGGACAACAUCUCCGUCGCCGAGCUAGCAAACUACAUAGAGCAUAUCUUCGGCCCUUCGGGGACCUACCCCUGUCGCAUCACCAACAAGUUCGCCGAGCUGCGCGACAAGCACGCAGGCGCUCUUCUGGAAUCGCCACAAGGCCGGAAGCACAUCGAGGCGGAUGGUCCGCUGUGCAUGGCGCUGAUUGAUAAGUACCGCAUGGCUGCUAAGCAUGCAGAAGAGGAGGUAGCUGCCAUCAGAGCAGUAGCCGUCCCUCGGUACGAGAAGCGCGUACUUGCGAUAUGUCCCAUCUGAUCACCGAAGUGUGGGAAAUAACCGGGAAACAGACCGUUACGGAGAUGGUCAAAGCCGUCGCGCCGGGCAUCUAGUGAGAACCUCGACUUGGAGAGGCUACCGUCACAUCACAGUGGCUGCAUCGGAGGAUUCGACACAGCGUACAUACGCU